AUGCGAGUCGCUGCGCUCCCAGCAGAUACUAUUCCCUAUUCCUUUCGGUUAAUAGAAGCCCGCGGCAGGGUGUCCGAUCGCAUGGGGUGGAUCACUGAUCAGAAGCAGUUUCUUACCGCUAUCGAAGUUAUGCAUUUACACUCACAGGGAAAGCUUCUUCUCUCUGACGAGAUGUUUCGCGUCUUGGCUAUUGCUAUGGAGCGGAUCAACUUCGAAUAUGGACCAGCGAUGACGGCCGUUAUGCGUGGGUAUGCCAAUCUGCGCGCUAAGGGUCACUUUGUUACAUUCCACAGCCCUCCACCAAUGUUACAACGAUACUGCUAUGCCGUCUGGCAUAUAUUCCAGGCAUUCAACCGCCCAGUGACACGAAAGACACUGCAAACGGGGCCACCAGACUUCCUCUUGUUCAUCCCCAGAGCAGAUCUGACCCCUAAUACAUUACAUAAUAUAUCUCAGACCCUGCAGCGGCUUCCAGACCCCCUAUGCCCACACAUGAUUGGGAUAGUUCAUGGAUCAAAACUAACAUUCGCAAGGAUCUAUCCUUUGGCUGUCGCACUCCACCGCAUGGAUCGCCAAAUAAAGGCUCCACAAUUUCAGCAUCCGGGCAUAUGUAACGGAGAGGACACUGAUUGA